CGAGAUUGGGUCGAGAUACCCAUACAUAUGAGUGCUUAUCAAAGCCUUGAUUUUCUUUUUUCUUUCCUCCUAUCAAGUUUGUUCGGUACACGGAACUGCUGGCCAGUCACCCAUACACCACAAUCACCCAAGAUUUUGAUCGUCUGCUCUCUCCUCUCCAAAUCUAGAGAGAACAUCUUAUGAAUCAUGAAGUUAUCUGUACCACCCAUCAUCUAUGUUUUCCUCUGUUCCGUUAUCUCUGCGGUCCAUGCCAUACCCGUCGUCGUUCAUACGUCUGCAACCCCCGGACCGCAUUUGGAAACCCGAGCAUCAUCGAAGGACAUAAUCCACAUUUCCUUCCGCGCUCCCUCCGAAACACGCGGAACUGGCACCCCAAUCCCCAAAAUCCGCAAAGAGAUAAAAAAAAUCCUCACGACAUGGCGAGAAUUCAACAACGUCUUGAGGAAAUUCGAUGUAGUGUAUUCCAACCAAUUUGAUGGGAACAUACAUUACAAUCAGCAUGAUUUUCAGUUUUGGGGGAGUGGGGUGGGGGAGGGGUGUGAGGUGCAGGUGGACAAGUGUUGGUUUUGGUAUGAAGAGGAUAUGUACAAUUUGAUGGGGGUGAGAGGGUAAGGCCUACGGGUGAAGUGAUGGGGUAUGUGUAUAAAGGUCAAACUGCAUUGCUUGAGCUGCCUUAUGAGCUGCGUGGAUGAUUUGAAGGGUGUAUAUACGAGAUGAAUAUAACGGGGAGAGAUUUUGACAGAUUGUUUGUUCCC